AUGCCCAAGAAUCAACACGUCUCCGGCAACAAUGUCAUUCAGACGAAGGGUGACGGAACCCAGGUCAGGAAGAGCAACAACGCUGUAAGUCACUGCCGACUAUUCGAGCCGCUUUUGGACCGACGAGUGAUCUAGGCUCAUGCUUUGCCCACCCUUGCCGGCCUCACAACAAGUCUUCAAUGGCUAUAAUGGCGUCGACAACCCCCAACGACCUCAACAAAAAGACGUGAGUCUUCGAGCAGCUUGA